GCCUUCGUUGUGAAGAAAGCCUUCGCUGCGUGCUCCGCUGACACAUGCACAUGGGCUCGUGUUUAUUUGGGUUACACACUUUGUGUUGUUGUUGUGAUUUAUGCAGCAUUGUAGAAAUCUAGUUCGAGAAGACUAUAGAUCUCUCCAAUUGUGUGUGUCGCUAUCCACUUGCAGUUUAUUCUCUUCUGCAGGUUUCCAAUACUUGGUCCAGUAGCGUUUCGAUAUCUAUCGUGGUGAUCUGCGCUUCUGGCGAUUUGGUUCCAGUCCUGCUGGACUGAGCGCUUUUCGAGGACGUUUUUUGGAUUUCGGUGGUAGGCUUCUAUCUGUAGAGCUUUUUUACAAGUAAUGGGGGGAGAAUGUCAGGUGAAUCCGAUAUAUGACGAGAAGCGACACCGACGGAAACAUGCAGUCAAGCGGUUCCUCAUCCUCGCUGGGACAAUCCUCGUGGUUGCCCUCAUUCUUCUAGGCUUGAUCACCUUCAUCACGUGGCUUGUGCUCCGACCAGUUCAUUCUCCCUCCUGGGUCGUGGAGGACGUGCAAGUAUUGACGCUCAAUAUUCAAUCCUCAUCACACCGACGUCGUCUAAUGGAAGUUGUGGGUGCAAAGCAGUGGGGCCUUACUUCAUAUCUUUUGAACGCAGACCUAGUACUCACUCUCCGAUCCAACAAUCGCAACAAACAUAUGGAGAUUAUUUACGACAGGAUUGAAGUGCGGGUGGCUUACGCCACGUCAGUUUUCAGCCGAGCAUCGUUCCUGGGCUUCACUCAAGAUAAACAUAACACCACCAUUGUGGAGACUGAAAUUAAGGCUAUGAGCGUGCCGGUGACAUACAUUCUUGCGAAUGCGAUCCAGGGGAACAUUCAGAGUGGCAGGAUUGAUUUUGAAAUUCAUGUGGACGUGAGGGCAAGGGUCAAGAUUGGAGACUACAAAUCUUUCGGGUUUGGGAGGAAGACAACGUGUGAGGUGACAACUACAACACCGACGUCAGGGCGCGUAGGGCAGCUAAUCACCAAGAAGUGCCAUAAAUCAUGAUCCGAUUUAUAUGCUUUGGAUUUAUAUAUGAGUUCAUAUGGUUAAGUCGUAUAGUGAUAUGGAAGAAGCUGAUUUCCAGUCGCCAGGCGCCAUUGUCGACCUCAUGAGCUCAACAAGGCAUCGUCCAAGCUUGAAGCCACAUUUGCAAACAUCCUGUCCAUGGGGUCAGAGACGACGGUCAAAUCGGUGUGGGGGUCGAUUCGUUGGUUGUUUGUUUGACCUGGUUUUCCUGUUCGUUGUUCACUGCAAGCUACAAGACGAUAAAUCCAGGUGUUUAAGUGCACAUCAUUUUCAAACAGGGUCGGAAUGGCCAAUGAGCUUGGACAUUAUCAAGCAUCAUUGUAUUUUGGGAGUUACCUUUCAGUACUCUUUCAUAUGACGGACACAUUCAGCGGCUCAGGAAUGCAGUCAAUGAACGUGUCUUGCUUCCUGACACUUCCCGAAGGCUUCUAAUGACCGUGAUUUAUGUGAAUUUCUGGGAUAUUGCUUAGCAUAUUGAAGGACGUAUAAAAGCAAAUUCUUGGUGGACAUUGUUUGUCGUGGAAUUAUGGAGGUUGCAUGGUUUCCGUGGUCACGGUUGGCAACACACCAUUGUGGAGUUACGCUCAACUACCCAGCCAUGCUGACUGAAGCUCAUAGUUGGUUCUAGUUAGAAUUCGUUGUGCACUAUAAUAGACUCUAAUAAAGAUGAUGUCAUUAUAAUGUUUUCGUUUAUGUAAAUGCUCAUUAUAUAUUUGUACAA